GAAUGGCUGGAGAAGCCAUAAAGUAUCAGGCAGCUCUCUGGAAGCAAGACCGAUAUGUCGAAUCUCAUCAGUCAGUGUUGUUUGGUUCGUUGGAGGAAUACUUCGGUUCAUAAUCCCUUUCUCGUGUUGGUGAAGGUGGGAAGCUGAUACAGACUGGAAAGGAAGAGAGAGAGAGAGAGAGAGAGAGAGAGAGAGAGAGAGAGAGAGAGAGAGAGAGAGAGAGAGAGAGAGAGAGAGAGAGAGAGAGAGAGUCCAGUCCUUCCUAAGAUGAACAGCCCGAAGUUGAAAUGUGACUUUGGUGAACUUCAAAAGCGCCAGACUAAGUUUGGUAGACAAUUCUUUCUUUCGCCGUAGAGGUGCCACCAAGGUGCAUGAUUUUUUUGGAACGACGCGAAAAACCAGUUCUUGACAAUUGUUUUUUUGUUGCUGCUUUUUUAUUUCCCCGAUCUAGAAGAGUCUAUGGGUUGUUCGACACCAAGAAAUGUGUAUACUUCUGUCGAAGUAUACUAGUCAUGGAACAGAGAACCUGCUACUUUUAGAUUGUGCUUUGCCGUUACUUGUGAUGACAAAAUGCUUUGAAAUGUCAAUUCGCUGAAGUUCAAGUUACUCCAUCUUAUUUCGACGAGUUCGGCUGUACUAGAAAAAGCAAACCGAUAGCACAAUACAGUAUUUCGGCUUAGAAUCUAUAACCUUUUAGACAACGCCGCUCUGACAGAGGUCGUAUCGACGUUUUGUUAAAGUGUUCACAUGUAAAACGUAUUUUUCUUUUUGUCCCGCCGAUGUGGUCAAGUUCCCGGCGCGCCAUGAGGAGCAAUAAUCACUGGAGCAACUCACCAGAUAAAGAAACUAGUACUACUGACAUUGCGAAAGCUCAAAAUAUGAUCGCUACAUCACGCUGCGUGGAUUUCUGGAAAGUCUUUUCGACUUCAAGCCAGGGAGAGAAUCAACUUUAGACUUUCCUAAAGUCUAACGAUUGUUUUGAGGUGUUUUUCAUCUUGGCGAGAGACCAAAAUGUUGCUAGGACAAGGUGUGAGGAAGCUCGGUGAAGCUUGCUGGACUCAUGCUCAGUGCUUCAGAUCUCAGCCGCAUGCGCACUGCAAAGGACUCGUUUGCACCUGUGAUAGUGGGUUUCAUGAUACCGACGGAAAGUGUACGAAACACAUGUGGGAAGAUUUGGGUUUGGUCCCUUGGGAAAUCAUCGUCUUCAGCCUAGUGUUUACAAUCUCCGCGUUCGCAAUCUUCGUCGGGUGCGUUUACUUCGUCAUCUCCAAAGUCGUCAGGUUUGCCAGAACGCGUCCAGCAGAGACCUUGAUUCCCAACAAAAGCUUCAAAGGAGAUCCAAGAGAGUUGAAGAAACAGAACUCGGUGGUGGAGGGCAGGAUGGCCAUCAGAGUCCCCAAAAUUUGCGAGACAAAACUGACGGAGGACAGCACAGUUGAAAGCCAGUUGGUCGACGAGACAGCCGUCAGAUUCUGCGACUUCUCAGAUCUCGGCGACAGCCAGAGCGACGCCAACCACAGAGACAGUAUUUCGACGACUUCCACCAGUUUCAUGUUUGAGCCGGCCAGGUUCAUAACGCCGCUCGACUAUAGGUCUACUAGUGAGUCUGCCGAGACCCGUCAGAGCUCAAGACGAAGCAGCAGCACCACUCAAAGCGCCAUGAGCCAGCCGAUGGGCGGUUUCCGUCCUCCUCAGCGCUUCAUGAGGGCCUGGUCGACGGCCACCUCCCACGACGAUAGCGACGACUGGUUCCAGCCGAACAGGAAUCACCUCAGGAUGGCGGGAUCGAAUAGCCCGGGUGGUGCAACGCGUCUUCCACUGCUUCUGAGAGCAUCCACUUUUUCGGAGAGUGACGAAUCUCCCUGAAGACACGAGAUAAGAACCACCCCCCAACCCCAGUUUACGGAAGAUUCCAACCCCGUCAGUGUACCUACGAAAGAUAAAUACGUCGCUAUCCUCACAUGGGCGAUCUUAAACCUACACCUAAAAUUAAACUACUUCAAUGGAUGGAGGACAUUCCCUGGUGUUACGAAAACGCUGAUGAACCUGGAACCUGGUUAACUGAUUUCUUAUUAGACUCAACAUAAAUUUUUUUUUUCCAUAUCAGUGGAAAUUGGUUUAACAGACGUGUCUGUGCAUCAGUCCGUAUCUGUAACUGCAUCAACUGUAUUCAACUGUUUGUGUGGUGCGUUUGUAAGCAUGUGCGUAACUGUAUUUAAGAGAGGGUAAUGCGUAUGUUUAUUAUAAACAUCUGUAACUUCAGUAUAAAAACUGAUUUAAUGCAUGUUUAUUUUCCAUCCCAUUUUUUUCUUAUUCCGCGAUAUAAGUUGGUAUCAAGAAGAGGAGAAAAAUGAUGUACAAAAACCUUCACUUGCCUUAAGAUAAUAAUACAAAAAUUUACUGGAGUACUUAUUUUAUAAAUUAGAAGAAACAUAACAAAUAGUUCAAGAACGUGAGCAGUUAGUAGAGAGCCGUUGCAAGGGUUUCCCUCAGAUUAGCCAUACUACUAAUUCUCAAGCAUCUAUCUGGUAGAUUACUGGUUAUUAUUUGUGCUUCUGUAAUACUUAGCAGGUCAGGAUAUGUGAUUUGAUUAUGGGGUAGACGGAAAAUUAGGCUAAAAAGUUUACUUUAGGCUUGAGAGUUCAAUUGAUGGCCCUCGUAGUAUUCCAGUAAGUAGGCUAAUCCUUCAAGUUGAUCUUAGGCCUAUUUCCCCGCACCACAAUACACCGCCUGCAGCCAAAACAAAUUCCUGCUAAAGGAAGCCAUUGUAGUUAGGCCUUUGUCUACCCAAAAUCAUGUCAAUACGCCCUAUAAAAGUAAGCCACAUCAGAGACGUUCCAUGGCCAACUUUUACCAAAAAAUCACCCAGAAUAAGAAGUCACUCUAUUGUUAGACAGACGCCUCCACCAUCUUUUUCUUUGAAAAAGAGUCGCUCCAUUUCAAUUUGCUUCAUCAGGACUGCUUUAUUUGUUUGUUUAUUUUUUCUGUUUGCAAAUUUACAACACUCGAAGUACUACAGUUUUUAUGUUUCAAAUCGCCCUUGAGUUUAUAACUAAUUCUUAUAAUAGGCCUAGUACUACAAGUUUCAUAGCCAUGUCUCUUGUUUCUGUGACUAUAGUAGAUUCAUUUAAGGUAGAUUCUUGCGCCUACGAGACGUUUGUUUGGCGGCCUCUGAUUGGCUGGUAGCGGGAGGCAGACUGCUCGCUCAGUGGGUCAUAUUUUCGUUUGUAGCUUAGAAAACUAGCAAUAUGUUUACAUUUCUUCAUUUAUCUCACGUUUUACAAAAGAUAGGACAGUUUUGGUCAUACCAAAGGAUUCAGUAUUAAAUGUACAAUUAAUGAAUCUUUCCCUGAAAUCAAUAAGUUAAAAUACAAAGGAAUUACAACGAGUAGAAGUGAAGGGAGAAACAUUUCAUUCUUUAUACCUGUUUUUAUUCAUCAUCGGAUUUUGCAUAAUUCACGAGAUCAAGAUAAAAUGAAAUCUUGUGUUUUAAAACAAUGAAAUCACCCUGAAUACGCUGGUGCUUUCAGAUUUUAAAUACGUGUAAUAUGUAAAGAGAAAAUGAAGAAUAUGUCUUAUUAUGUUGCAUCCGUGCUUGACUCGGUUUGACAGUAGUGCCGAGAGACGCAAGAUAUCGAGGGGCUAGUCCUCUCAGCUAGAGCCGUUGGCGUGUUGGCAGUUGCCAAUUGGCGAUAUGAGAAGUUUGCAGUUUCGAGACUAUGUAUUCACCGAAUUAUUAUGUCAUUACAUUUUCUAUAAAUAAAUGCAUAGAAUUCCCAUUAUGACUUUCGAACAUUUUUACUAAAAUAUUAUAUAUGUCCGUAUUUCUGGACAUAUCUGAUAAAAGAAAAGUAAAUAAUCAGAUGGAUGCAUCUGGGUGUUGGCUUCAAUUUAGUCUAAGUGAGAAAUGUAGUACAUGCUUUAUGAGGCUCACUGAUAAAUAACAGAACUUGUUUCUCUGGCCAAUAACAUAAAAAGCUUAUGGUUUUCAUAUGUUCACUCAAUAAACAAAAGUACAAAUGUUUAUUUCUUACCAUAAAAUUUGUUGACGAUGUAACGAAUAUAAUAUACUGUCUUUUUCAGAAUUGCUUGAGUUACUCUUACACCAGAAUGUUUAUCUCCUUUAUAUACAUGUUACACUUGACAACAUGUCUACAACAAUGUUUAGGAAAAUUUGCUUAGUUUUCUCCUGAGGUAGUUGAUUAUUCUUGAAUCACUUAAUUCAUACCUGAGUUAGAAUAGCUCCCGUA